CUGGAUUCAUUUUUCUUUCAAUAUAAUUGGUAUGUAAAUAUGUGAUUACUUUUUAAUAUUAUUUGUAUUCUAAAUAUUUAGAUGAUUGUUCAACACAACAAAAACAACAAAGUUGCUCAGUUAAAACUGUAGAAAACAAUCCUUCGGUGAGUAAACUUUUUUUAAUGAUAUAUUACUAGAUAGGUAUUCUUGUAAUCUUGUUCGGUAAGAUCUACCUUAUACUUAUUAUGUUGUGUAUAAAUUAUUAUUAAUUAGUUAAUGUUUUUACUACCUAUUUUAAUAUUAAACAUUUAUUAUGAUUGUUCAGAUGUAUUCAACUGCUAAAAAUCAAACCGAGCAAAGUAGUGUAUCCUGUUCGUUUUCGUUACCUGAGGUUGAGGAACAUAUUGCUGCAGAAAAAAUAUAUUCAUUUGUGAUUCCCAAAAAAAGUUCUAUUAAUCAAAAAAUGGAUUUUAUGAAACAACAUCCUUGUCAACCAACUGUACUGCAUAAUGUUUCAUGGUCUUUUUUCAAACUUUAUAAUAGAGAAGAUCAGAGAGGUAAACCCAUUUUGCGAAAAUGGUUGACAUUACAAUGUGUUAAAAAUAAUGAGGUUAAAGCCUUGUAUUGCAGUAUAUGUAUUGCUUUCUCUACAUCAUCAACCAAUUUUUCUACUGGCUGUACAAAUUUCAGAAGUAUUUAUGCAGCUGUAGAAUCUCAUGAAAUUAGCAAAGUACAUAUUUGUGCUGUUGAAAGUUAUGUCAAAGCUUCAAGUAAUGAUAGUAUUGAAUAUUUGAUCAACCGUAAUGUGAUGAAUAUGAAAAAAAAACAAGUCGAAGAAAGAAUUCAUGUAUUAAAACAAGUAUUUGAAAUAAUAAAAUUUUUGGGUAAGCAAAAUUUGCCUUAUCGUGGAACUGGUGACACAGAAGGGCUGUACAAGAUGAAUGAUGUUAAUAUCAAUAGAGGUAAUUUUUUGGAGCUUUUGAAAUUUACUGCUGAAAGAGAUGCAAUUUUAAGACAAUAUUUAGACAAUGCUAUAUUGUCAAGUAAAAAACGAAAAUUAAAUAUGGAUCAACGGCAAAAAAAUUCUAAGGGAAGAGGAUCAUUAGUUACACUUGUAUCCAAAACUACUGUUAAUAAAGUAAUUGAAGGUAUACUAGAAACUAUGAGGAAACAUAUUCGUGAAGAAAUGGGUGAUCAGCAUUUUAGUAUACAAUUUGACAGUACUCAAGAUAUUGGAGCUACGGACCAAGCCACUAUCUGCCUUCGCUACUUAAAUAAUACAGAUAUUAAAGAGCGCCUUUUUGCCGUCAUUAAAGUAGAAGAUUCAGCAGGUAAAAGUUUAUAUGAACUAUUAAAAACUUGCUUUGACAAACAUAAUAUAAAUUUUAAAAAUGUCAUUGGUGAAUCUUUUGACGGUGCUUCUAACAUGAGAGGAGAGUUUAACGGUUUGCAGUCUUUUAUUAAGCAACAAAACGAAAACAGUAUUUAUGUUUGGUGCUAUGCCCAUAUUCUAAAUUUGUGUAUUUGUGAUACCUGUGACAAUUUAGCAGCCAAGAAUUUAUUUGGGUUCUUGAAUCGCUUGAGUACAUUCUUUUCUGAUUCUUAUAAACGAAUGGACAUUUGGAAGAAAAAUCAAGAAAAUUUAGGUGUUGGAGUAAAAAAACUUAGAAAGCUACAAAAAAUCGGGGAAACAAGGUGGUGGUCCAGAGAAAAAGCACUUAAAUGGGUUUUCGACGGAGAAGAUUGCUUAUACCCAACUAUUGUCAGUGCUUUAGAUUUUAUUUGUUCGUCAAAAAAAUUUGAUCAAAAAUCCAUAUAUGAAGCAACUUCAUUAAAAAAUAAAUUGUGUGAAUUCCAAGUUAUUUUAACAGCCCAUUUAUUUAUUAAAGUUUUUGAUUCAGCCGGACCAACAUCAUCAUAUUUGCAGUCCAGUAAUUUAGAUCUUUUGGCUGGUUGGUUAAUGGUAGAAAAUACAAUUGAUGAAAUUGGAAAAAUAAAUUUUGAUACAAUUGUCGUUGAAGCAGAGAAAUUCUCACAAAAUAUGAAUGAUAAAUUUACAAAUUUUGAAUUGAAUGAUAGUAUAGUUGUGGAAGAUAAAUUACCAUUAAUACGUUCUAGACAUAAGAAGCGCAAUUAUGAUGAAAUGUGUUCAGAUGAACAUAUUAUAAAUCCUAUUGAUAAGUUUAGAGUAGAAGUUUUUCAAUGCACUAUUGAUCAAUUGAGAAGCAGUUUUAUUCAAAGAUUUUCAAGCAAUAGAGAAAUUAUAGCAGAUAUUCAGUAUUUAUUACCAAAAAAUUUUCAAUAUGCAAAGGAUAACAGUCUACCAGAAUCAGCAUUAAAAAUUUUAUCAAAAUUAUCAUCAAUAAACCAUCAGAAAUUAGUGUCUGAAUUGAACCAUUUCUCAAAAAUAUAUGAUAACAUUGCAAAGCCUCUGAAUUCAAAUACUUCAAAAAUGUAUAAUGAUGAUGAUGAUGAUAUGUUUCAAGAUAAUGAAGAAUUUUUUCUAGACUGGGAUAAAAAUGAUGAAAUGAAUUUAGAAGUUAAAGUUGAAUUUGUUUUAACACUCUCUGUUACACAGGUUAAUUGUGAAAGAGCAUUCAGUAAGCUUAAAAUAAUUAAAAAUCGUUUACGCUCUUCAUUAAAUCAAGACCAUCUUGAAGCAUUCAUGCUUAUGUCAAUAGAAAAAGAUAUAUUAGAUGCUAUUGACUUCAAAGAAAUACUAAAUAUACUAAAAAAUUCUUCAUCAUUGAUGAACCAGAUGUUAUCGUUGUAA